AUGACUCGAGCCAGAUCACAGAAAAGGAGGUUGUUACAGGGUGCUGAUUGCAAAGAUGAAACUUACCCAGCCCUGCCUAACAAGGACAAAAGCAAUGAAGGUGAAGUUGGAGCCACUGGUAGUGGUCGUGGAACUGCAUUUGAGGCUAAUACUGCGUGUGAUGGUCGUUCUACAGAUAGCAAUGGAGAAAGCAAGUUAGAUGGUGGAGAUGGAGCCGGUUUGUCAACGUUACCAAGUGCCGAUACUACAGUACUGAGGGAAUACGUAACAAAGCUGGCCUAUAACCUACAUCCAAGCAUAUACUACAUUAACUCGACUCUUCGUCUUAUUUGCCACUGCAACACGAAACCAUAG